GCCAUCUCAGAUUUUACCUCCUAUGACUCUGCUAUGUGUCAGAUUAUGUGAUUGACAAGCCAGCAGUCCUACUACUCUCUGCCAGUUACCCAAUUCCAGCUUAUCAUAGACGCGUCGUGAGCAGGCAGCCAUGCACGAGCUCUAUCAUAAGCAUGCGUGCCAAGUGGCCGACCCAGUGGCACGCACGCUCCACUGCUAUGGCAUCAAAUUUUUUAGUCGCCUCAAAAAUAGGCUCCACUGCUAUGGCAUCAUCAGAUGGCCUCAGAGAGCAUCAGAUGGUCUCGUUUCACUUUCACCUUCUCUCCCUUCUUCGCAGAUCGAUUCCAGGUGCACACGCGCCGAGUCUAUUUUUGACGCGCCUAAAAAAUACGCGCCCGAUGUCGCCGUGGUGCCUCUCCACUCGAGAAUGCUCAGCCGCGUUCCCACUCAUUCAAUUCGGUGUAAUUCGGUGGCGCUCGGUUCGGCUGAAUUCACCUAGAAACCUCUCGGUUAGUCUCGGUCGCUCGGUUGGCGGAACAGACUCAUCCACCCGAUCGUAUCGCGGUGGUCCCGAAUCGCUCAUCGCGCCCGUAGACAUUCUUCUGGAGCGCGCGUGUCACAUUAUCAUCCCAUUACCAAAGCAAACGUUGUUAUUCAAUCCGCCUCCUACCGCUCGCAUCUCUCCUCGAAUUCAGUGUGCUCAAGCGGAGUGCCUCCAUCCCGCAAUCGCCGGUUCUCGGAUCGUGGAGUGAUCCCUAAUCGAUUGGAUCGGAGUGACUCCAUACGCGGACGAUAAAAUCGAAGUCUCUAGAACGGGCGCAAGGCGAGCGACGCAUUGAGACGCUUCUUCCUGGAUCUCACAGCCCGGCUGAUCGAGGUGACAGAAUCGAGGUGACAGAAUCGGAUCUCGGCCCAGUCCUCAUGGCUUCCUCGCUCGCCGCAUCGCCGCCCUUUCCGCCGCUCUUGGCGGCCAUGGCGUCACCAGCUCGUGCUGCUACGCGCACACCUGCUACAGCGUCACCAGCUCGUGCUCUUUGGCGCACAUCCCCUACAGUCACACCCAUGGGGGCCGCAACGCGCACCUGUUACCGUCACGGCGCUUCCAGCACUGGCCGCAUCGAGCCGCGCCGCGGCGCUUCGAGCUCUCUGCGAACUACCCAGCGCCUUCCGAAGCAACUCCCCCUGCUCCCCCCGCUAGCCGCUAGGCCGCGCACUCGAGUGGCGGCGGAAAGAAGAAGCAGCAGUGGUGCCGAUGGGUCCAGCGGUGGCGAUGGGUCCACCCACCCUCCUCCGGAGCGUGCUGAUGCUCGCAAGGAGGCGAGGUUGCAACGUGCCACUGUUUCAGGUACCCCCGCGGGCACGCGUGGGUCGUCCAAGACAGUCGCAGAGGAGGCGCGGGGGUACCUGGAAAAGGCGGAGGAGGAUUUUAUUCAGUUCACGCAGCACCUGGGCCGAGCGCUCGUCGUAACCACCAUCCCUGGGGUCGCCUUGGAGACUCUUCGCGAGCUCUCAGGCUCGAGGGUGCAAGGGUGGGACGUGGUGUGGUUCUGCUGGGCGGCAGGGCUUGUCCUGGGGUGCAUGGUGGGGGUGGGCGAGGUCAUGCAGAAGCACCAGAGACGGCGCGCUGCCGCCCGGCUGCCGCCCAGGAGAGUCGUCCUGACUGGGGGGUCCAGGGGCCUGGGCAAGGCUCUGGCCCGCGAGUUCCUAUUGGCUGGUGAUGACGUGCUGCUGACGUCAAGGAGUGAGGCGGGUGUCGAGGAGGCUCUGAGAGCGCUGCAGGAGGACACGUGGCACAUCACAGGGCGUGCGCCCCUGGCUGUGCUGGUGAAGAAGAGGCGCGCUGAGCCAGGGUCAACAGAGUCAACGCAGUCAAGCAGGGAGGUCUGGGACCUGGUGCAGUCGCAUGAGGAAAAACGCCAGGAGCAACGGCCCAAUGAGCAGUGCUAUCAAGAGUUGUCUGGGCGGCGGCAGAGAGUGGUUGGGGUGGCAUGUGAUGUGCGGUUGGCAAGGGAUGUCCAGAUGCUUGCUGAUGUGGCACGGAAGGAGCUGGGACGAGUUGACAUCUGGGUGAACAACGCGGGCACCAACCCCAUGGCAAAGCCCUUCGUUGACUUUGAAGACCAUGAGCUAGAGCAGGUGGUCUCAACCAACCUCCUGGGGUCGCUCCUGUGCACACGCGCUGCCAUGCGCCUGAUACAGCAGCAGCCAUGCCCUCCAGGCUGCAUAGCCGGCCAUGUGUUCAACUUGGAAGGGGCGGGCUCGUGGGGAGGCGCCACCCCACAGUAUGCUGCUUAUGGUGCGACCAAGUGCGCUCUGCGACAGCUGGGGGCGUCUCUGGGAGGGGUGAGGGGAGGAAGGGUGGGCAUUCACGCGGCUUCGCCAGGGCUGGUGCUGACGGAUCUGCUGCUGAGUGGGGCGACGGUGGCCAACAAGCAGGCGUUCAACAUCGUGGGGGAGCACCCGGAGACGGUUGCCCGAGUGCUGGUGCCCCAGAUGCGCACUGUAAAGGGUACGGGCUCCACAGUCAGUUACCUCACACCACCACGCAUUGUCCUGGCGAUUCUGUCGGCAUGGCUGCGCAGAGGCCGAUGGUUCGAUGCACAGGGUCAGGCGGUGUAUGCCACUGAGGCGCAGAGGCUGCGAUCGUGGGCGGAAGGCAGGGAUAAAUCACCCGUGGGCGCAGUGAUGGAUGCAGUCCCCAGCACAGCGUGGCUCGCCCUCGCCUCAUCCUCGCUUGGAGCCGUCCUCGUUGUGGUGUCCAUGUUCCUGCAACAACCCCGCACCUAGGCAGGCGGGUGAUUGUAGGGAUACAUCCCCCAUAGGGGCGGUGGUUGAUGCGGUGCCCAGCACAGCAUGGCUCGCCCUCGCCUCAUCCUCGCUGGGAGAUUUUCUCAUUGUGGCCUCCAUGUUCCUGCAGCAACCAAGAACUUAGGCAGAUGUUUUGAUGUACAGCCAGGGAUAGGUGACAAAUCACCCAUGGGGGUGGUGGUGAUGGAUGUGGUCCCCAGCACAGCAUGGCUCGCCCUCGCCUCAUCCUCACUUGGGAGUUUUUUUUUUUCGUUGUGGUGUCCAUGUUCCUGCAGCAACCACGUACCUAGGCAGGCGUUUUGAUUGGAGAAGCUAGGGAUACACCAACCAUGGGUGUGCUGACGGACGUCACGCCUAGCACAGCAUGCCUCGCCCUCGCCUCAUCCUCGCUUGGAGCUGUCCUCGUUGUGGUAUCCUUGUUCCUGCAGCAACCCCACUCCAAACCUAGGCAGGCGUUUUGAUUGGUAGAAGCUAGCGAUAGAUCACCCAUAGGGGCUGUGAUGGAUGCAGUGCCUAGUACAGCAUGGAUUGUGCUCGCCUCAUCCUUCCUUGGAGUCUCCCUCGUGACUUCUGUGUUCCUGCAACAACCACGAACCUGGUCAAACAUUUUGAUUUUGGAAGCCAGGGAUAAAUCACCCAUGAGGGUGGUAUGGAUGCAGUACACAUCACAGAAUGGUUUGUCCUUGCCUCAUCCUUGCUUGGAGUUUUUCUCAUUGCAGCUCCGAUGUUCCUGCUGUCAAAC